AUGCACGACGUGCCGUGCAACAUGUCAGUAGUGUGGGGAAAAGAAACCGUCCUUUUUCUUCUUGAGCUAUACCAGAGUCAUGUUUUGUUGUGGGAUAGCGAGAAAGAAUUUACUGUUUUCGCACAGUUCGCACUUUACGCUUUAUGCAUCCCUCACGCCAAUGCAGAUUGCGAGCGCAUCUUUAGCAAGAUAAAUCUUAUUAAGACGAAAAGUCGGUACAGAAUUGAUGAAAUGACUAACACUAUUAAUAAUGUGGUUAUCGCUUCUGACAGCACAAAACGUCUUGAAAAGGGAUGUAUAUCAUUUAAACCCACGAAACAAAUGGCAAAUGAAAUUGUCUUCAAUGUCCUCUAUGCAAUAACUUCUCUGCAAUCAAAUCCGUCUACAUCUACACGUCGAGAUUUCGAACUCGAAGAAGAAGACGACUUCGAAUUUUCCAUUCCUGUUUAG